AUGGAGCUUGAUCACUUUCCAGAUAGCGUGAAAUUAAGUGGUCAUGCUGUUCAGUCAUCUGUACUUGAAUACUAUCGGGCUGAUCGCGCUGUUGAUGGAAUUAAACACGCCCCGGGUCCAGCGUCAUUUUGUACCCAUACAAAUUCGGAGACAAAUCCAUGGUGGAGGCUGGAUCUGCUGGAUAAUUACUAUAUUAGAACUGUAAUCAUCACAAACAGAGCCGACUGCUGUCCAGAACGACUCGACGGGGCAGAGAUUCGCAUUGGAAACUCCUUGGAAAACAAUGGCAACAACAAUCCCAUAUGUGCUGUGAUUGCUAGUAUUCCAAUAGGAGCAUCCCACAGCUACUCGUGUCCCGAUAUGGAGGGUCGUUACAUGAACAUAGUUGUUCCUGGAAAUAGGUAUCUUACGCUCUGUGAAGUUGAAGUCUAUAGGGGUUUUCCAGAGCCUUUUACAGAAAAGGCAACUUUGCCAGGUGUUCCUGUGGCUCAGUGGUAA